AUGACUCACCAUAAACUCCCUACUGCGGCCGAAUCCAUUCGCAAAUCUAUAAAGGAACUGAUACCUGAAACUGCUACGUCCCCGAGUCACUUAGUGGAAGACCAAGGGUCGAUCUCACACGAAACAAAAAAUGGAAAUAAGACAUACCGGGGCGAAUUGCUCGCAGAAAAAGUCUCUCUUCUCACGGAACAACUUCGUAUUGCGGGAAAUCUACAAAUCGGCCGUGACUGGCGCUGGCAUUUGGUCCAUUUCUCGGAAGACACCAAACUCGAGAACGCUCGGAAGUCAGGCUACUUGGUCAUUUUAUCUAAUAAUAUCACUCUAACGCCCGGAGGAAUAUUGGAAGAGAGGUUCUACACCUAUAUUACCAAUGAGCCAGUGCUCAGUGCAGGUGCAACUGUCAUUUUCAUUGUUCCUCCGCCUCUUGGUUAA